CUCAACACCUUAGCCUGGAAAAAAUUUUAAAUGAAUCUGACGGAUCUAGCGAAGACGAAUUUAUUGAUUCGGAAACUUUGGAUACAGAAUCGGAAAUACAUGCUUUUGAGGACACUUUGUCAGAUAUAUCAUAUAAAUCAACGACAUCAACAACCGCUUCAAAUAUACCAAUGUCACCACGGAUAUCAAAAUCUUAUUAUGAUUCUAAUGUUUCAAAACUUCGUACUAUGUCGUCAGCAUCGCUUGCUUCAGCUAAAUCAAAAGCUUCAUCACAUUUUUCACGUUCAUCAUCACCUUCUAUGUUGUUUAAUGAAGAUGCUGCAUUUUCAACACCACCGGAACCAUGGGAUGCAUUUAGAUGGAAGCCUAUGGAUAAAAUUUCUGAUCACUUAUAUUCUCAAAGUGCUGGAUUACCAACUGUAUUGGCUGUUAGUGGAGUGAUUGCGAUAGGUACGACUCGUGGUUUAGUAUUGGUCUAUGAGAAUCCGCAAGAGAUUUUAAAAUGUAUACUUGGAUCUACUUCUAACGCUAUUGAAUACGGUGCUGUCACAUCUCUUGCAAUUUCCUCUGACCAUAGUCAAAUAUUAAGUGGCCAUUCACAAGGAUAUAUUUUAAUAUGGGAUAUUAAUAAACCAAUUAGUCCAAUACGUACCAUCUUGCCUAUUUCUUCAGGUGCUGUAGCUGGUGGGAAAAAGGAAGGUCAUAUUCAUGGUUCAGCUAUCUUACAUGUUGGCUUUGUUGGCGUUCGCAAAAAUGGAAUUGUUUCUG